ACCGCUGACCAGGAAUCCAAUUGGAAGUUUAAGUUAAGUCACGACUUUAUAGUCCAAUUGGCCACAAGGAUUAUCUACACCCACACUCCAACCAACAUGUUCUUCAAGCUGAUGUUUGCCUCCUGCCUGGUUUUGGUGCUGGCCAAGCCACAGCAUCCGCCCGCUGCUCAGUAUCCAGCUGGCGUGAAUCCUCAGGAUUGCCCCAAUUUCCCGCUCUGUGAUAAUGCUCGCCUGCACAAUCCACAGUCGCAGUGGCAACAGCCGCAGCCACAGUGGCAGCAGCCCCAGCCUCAGUGGCAGCCACAGCCGCAACAGCAUUGGCAGCAGCCCCAGCAGCAGUGGCAGCAACCUCAGCAGCCACAGUGGCAGCCACAGCCCGCUUGGAAUGCGGCACCAGCACCUGCUGCCGGCGGUGACAAGUAUCCAGCUGGCAUCAAUCCACAAACCUGCCCCAACUAUCCCUACUGCGAUGUGAAUGCCGGACAUGCUGGUGCUCCAGCUGCCGCUGCUCCACUGCCCGGCUGGACGGAGCGUCUCUAUCCCGCCGGCGUCUCGCCCCAUCAGUGCCCCAACUUCCCCUUCUGCAACUAAGCAGCAAAUAGAGUCCCAUCUACACUGUCCACAUUGUCCACACUGUCUGCUCUGUCCACACUGUCCACUCUACCUACGGUCUACACACAUUACACGCAUUUUCCAUUUAUUUAGCUUCCUUUAACGCUACAAGUUCUCAAUUAUAAAAUUCCGUUGUUGGCGUCAAAUAAAACAAAGCAUGUUGGUCAUAAAAAAUAAUA